AUGUAUGAUGCUUACAAAGGAGCUCCAACAACUCAUUGUCAGAAAAAGCAAAAACUGCAAACAGAGAUAAGUGAAGAGUUACCAAAGGCACCAUGGAAGGUGGACAAGCCUGGUUUGAAGGUGGCAGAUACAAGAGCUAAAAACCUUGUUUACCCAACAGGAUACGAUUACCUGGCAGAAAAUCAUUUUUCGAAGCCUUGGACAUUGAGGACAAUGCAUGGAAAACAUCAGUUUGUCAAAAGUGGUGCUGCAUUAUGGUGCUUGCGAGGACUACUGCCAAAGAGACAGGAAAAUACACUUAGAAAGCUGUUUUCAGCUAUUGAUAUGAUGACCCACGAAAGCUUUGACAGUGAUGAAUUAGAUGAUAUUAUACAGUUCACAAGUGAAGCUAUGUCUUUGUUGGAGAGAGAUUUCCCUAUUGCCUUACAGACAAUUACUACUCAUUUAAUGCACCACAUUCCAGAAGGAUAUGCUGAUUUUGGACCUUUGUACGGGAGGUGGUUAUUUCCUUUUGAAAGGAUAAAUAGUUGGAUCACACGCCAAGCAUUGAACAAGAACAAAAUAGAAGCAACCAUCAUGGAAACUUAUGCUAUAUAUGAUUGGUGUGUUUUUAUGAUAAUGUCAGGGAAGAUAAAGCAAGAUGACAUCAAUAUUGGAAAACUAGAAAAACUCCUGCUGGACGAGGGAAUAGAUGAGAUGAAAACUUCAAUUGGGAAAAAGUUUUUCAUUCCGGAUACUGUUCUGUCACAUAUGUCCGAGAUAUACGAUUUUUGUCUACUACAACGAAUGACAAAUAAAGGCAAGGAAGUUAGUUGUUGUACCAAGUUAUAUGGGAAUACAGGAAGAGAGAUGAAGUACUCUUCUGUUACAAAGCAGAGAUCAUCAGACACAUUUGUGUAUGCAGUGAAAAUAGGAGAUGAUUUUGUCGCAAAUCAAAAUUGUGUCAAUUCACUGUCAGAUAUACUGUUUGGUAACAUUUCUAAAAUAUUUGAACACUCUUGGCAUGGAAAAAGCUACACAUGGCUUUUGGUGGAUAUUUAUGAUGAUGUCAAGUUUAAAAAUGGAUUUUGGAGUACGAGUGAGCAGUUUAUUUCGCAGAGACCUCUUUUAUUGCAGGAUGUCAGUGCUCCCCAGGUCGUUGGAAAGGAAAGCAACCGGCUCUAUUUUGUCAGUGCAUCAGUAUCAUUGAAGGAUUGAAAUUGAUUAUGUUGAUCUAUGUUCAAUUGUUUUCUAUACUUUAUAUAUAUUAUAUUGUACAUGUAAUUAUGUCAAUAAAAAAAUUGUAAUUAGUAAAAAUAAUAUGUUUAGCUAAUGUUAUAAACUUGGCUGUUUCAGUUUAGUUUUUUGGCCCUACCUAGGGCAUUAUGUGAAACGGUCUAUGCGUCUGUUUGUCUGUUUGUUCAUUUGUUUGUCGAGCUUAGGUUGAUGUUUUUUGUCCAGGUAGUUUUUGAUGAAAUUGAUGUCCAAUCAAUUGAAACUUAGUAUAUGAUCUUUCUAGUUUUAAUAUCAAAUAGAGUUUUGACAUUAAUUUUAUGGUCCACUGAUUAUAGAAAAUGAUAGUGCAAGUGGGGCAUCUGUGUACUAUGAACACAUUCUUGUUUUUUAAUGUAGUAUGUAAUUUGACAUUAUCAUUAAAAGAAUUUAACAAAAUCUCAAUAAGAAUACUGUAUAUGCUGUACGAAAGGCUGCAGAUGUGUGUCAAAAGUAUGUUUAUCUCACUUUACUAUAAGUUUUAUGUAUAAUGCUUCAUAUUUCAAAUAUACAUGAAUGACCCCUUUGCAUAAUUAACACUAAUCAUUUCAAGACACAGUUCCAUAAUCUUUUUUUAUGGUUAUUUGUUGUUUUUUAUUCUUUAUUUUAUUGAUAUGAGUCCUAUAAACUAAAUACCUACCUGAAUUUAAUAUAUUUCAACAAUUAGGUGAUUAUUUUUAUUCAUUAGUUAGGCACCUAUAGGUCCAGAUAACUUCCCUCUAUAUAUUUUAUUAAAAAAAAUCAAUUUUCCAACUUCAAUUUUGUUUUCCUCAGGGAUGUAGAAACUACUUUUGUAUUUGCAUGUUGAAUGAUUAUGCUAAUGAGAUUG